AUGGCCCCAGCAGUUAACGCCAGCGUGGCAGGCGGUCUUGUGCCCUGGGGGAGCCCCUUCCCUCUGGAGGGGGUGGCACCAGCCAACGGCAGCCAGGAGGAGGCGCUGCUCCUGCCCACGUUCUCAGCCGCCGCCCUGGCCCGUGUGGUCAUCACCCUGGUGCUGUGCGUGGUCUCCACCGCCUGCAACGUGGCCGUCCUGUGGGCUGGGCUGGGCAGGAGCGGGGCCAGGCGCUCCCACGCCCGGGUCUUACUCCUCCACCUGGCCGGGGCAGACCUUCUGGUGGCUCUGGUGGUGAUGCCCCUGGACGCAGCCUGGAAUGUCACUGUGCAGUGGCGGGCGGGGGAUGUGGCCUGCCGCUUUCUCAUGUUCCUCAAGCUCCUGGCGAUGUACGCCUCGGCCUUCAUCACUGCGCUCAUCAGCCUGGACCGCCAAGCUGCCAUCUUGCGCCCGCUGGCCAUUGUAGAGGCUGGUCGCAGGAAUCAAGUCUGGCUGCAGGCAGCCUGGCUCCUCAGCGUGGGGCUCUCCGUACCACAGCUCUUCCUCUUCCACACGGUCACCGUCCGCUCACCGCAGAGCUUCACGCAGUGCACCACCCGGGGCUCCUUCGCCCGGCACUGGCAGGAGGCCGCCUACAACAUGCUGACCUUCUGCUGCCUCUUCCUGCUGCCCCUGCUGGUCAUGGUCUCCUGCUACUCGCGGAUCCUGCUGGCCGUCUCCCACCGUCUGGGGCCCCCCGGCAAAUCGUCUGCCGUAGAGCCCCCUUUGCGGCGGUCAUGCAACCCCAUCCCGCAUGCUCGACUGCACAUGCUGCGCCUCAGCGUGGCCAUCGUGGGCUCCUUUGUGGUCUGCUGGACUCCCUACUACUUGCUGGGGCUCUGGUACUGGUUCUGGCCGGCAGCCAUGGAGGGCACCGUGCCCCACUCACUCGCCCACCUCCUCUUCCUCUUUGGGCUGCUGAAUGCCUGCCUGGACCCCAUCACCUACGGCCUCUUCGCCGUGCCUUCGCCCCCGAGGCUGUGGGGCUGCUGCCGAGCAGGCGGGGCACGGGCCCAGCUGCUGCCGUCCUCCUCCACCACAGGCUCCUUCCGCUGCUCAGCGCCCACUGUCUGUGCCAGACGGGGGGCACCCCACCCGGGCCUCCUGGAGACAGCCAAGCCCCCCGGCGUCUGGACCGCAGACCCGAUCCACGGCAGCUGGAACCAGCCAGGGGCACUCCCUCCUGCCAACUGGCUGGGCUAAGGCUGCUCGGGGCCCCUGGAGGAUGCCGUGCCAGGUGCCCCUGGAGGAAAAGGGGCCAUGGCUG